CUUCUCAAAAGAGUGGCUCCGCAAUUCUCAAUUUGUAGUGCAUUGUGAGUUGUAUCAUUUUCUGUAACUGUUUGGCAUCCAUGAUGCAGUUGUAUCAAAACCAAACAUGGCUGAUUCAGGAGCUCUUGGACGAGGUGUAGUUUACUGGCUAAAGGUGACAUCUUGUAAGAUGAAGUAUGCCUUGAUACAAUUGAGCAAAGUGUGCUAAAGGGACCUGCUGCCAAUAUAGUUCCUGUCUUGCUUGGAGAGAGACUGCCAACAUUGUGAAAGAAGGAUGUAAUGUUCUCCCCUUUUAACUCCCACCUUGAUCUCUCUCAGGUUUCAAGAUGUAUAUCUUUUGGAGGCUAGUUCUUGUACAAGAGAGUGAACUGUGUAGAUAAUUUUGUUUUACAAAGCCAAAGUGAUACUGCUUUAUUUUUAAAAAAUAGGGAAGAAUUUUUGGUGUGAAAAUGUAAGGUUCAGUUGACAUUCUACUUCACAAGAAGCAUCUCAAAUUUCAGAAAGUGGAAUAUAUAAGAAAACAAGCGUGAAGAUGAUAGCACAUUGAAUGAAGGUGGAGCUGAGAUUUCUAUUUUAGGUACAAACUAAAAGAGAUUUGCUCAGAGUGGAGUCUAAGGUUCAGAUUUUGGAAUGAUUACCCCAUAUGCUGCACAGGUUGACUUAGAAAAGAUGUUGAGAAGCAAUGAGGAUAUAAACUGGGAAAUUGAUGUUUUGAGACCAUGUUGCACCCACUCUCCUAGUGUUGGUGCCAUGGCUUGUGAUGGACUUUGGAAGGUGUCGAUACCUAAGUAGUCGAAACCUAAUGACCAAAUGGAGGAAGAAAGAGUUGGUACUGUAGCAAAAUAUUGGCACCUAUUUCUUAAGGCUCAAGGAUCAUGUCUAGACCUCAGCUAAAGAGGGGCACUUGUGGUUUGUACAUGGUGUCAACACUCAGGACCCAAGUGUUGAGACCUUUAGUUGCUGACAGCCUUUUUAUGUAUGUUAUACUUGUACCCCAUAUAUUAUAUGUUGAUCAUCUUUAUACGGGAUGAUUUUGAUCUGG